CUCAUUGCAAAAGCCCCGAGAGGACCGUAAGCAUGCCAGGUCAAUACAUUGUCGUUCGCUUCCCAGAAGAGGAUGAUGCAUCUGGCAUCAUUCUCAAAAAUUGGCUCACGAGUGACGGUUGCCUCUGGCCUCGACAGACUAAACAUCUGCAUAGUUUGUUGAAAUCAAGAGCGACUCCAGGGGCUGACUGGAUCGAAGUGCCUUGUACUGUUGUCCGAGUAUUCGAAACAUAUGCAGAAGCACGUGAGAAUCUGCCAAGGGUAGAGAAUGGAUCAAACUUGGAUGGUGAGACCACAGAGCUUGGAAAAGGCAGGAGGAAAAAGACAAACAAAAGAUCACACGAGUCUCAAGAUGAAAAUAGUGCACCAUCACCACCGGCUUCAAUGAUGAAGAGAAAAAAACACAAGCACCAACAAAGCUCUACAAAACAGCCACUGCCCACCCUGCCACGUCCGCAAUCACUGGGACAUGAAGGUGAGGACGUCCGCACACACUUAGAGGAAUCGUUGCCAACCAGAAGUUUUUCACAAAGAGUAUAUCACGGAGCUGAUGCCACGCAAGGUGCAGCCCUGUGCAGGAGCCCUCGAGAGCUGAUGGACAGUUUGUGGCAUGGAGAUACUCCCGACAGCCACCCAAUGCAGCAGCACCACUACAGUGGCCAGCAAGGGGCUUUAUGGACUGGACCUAACACUGGCCAAGGGCCUGCAGUAGGCUUUAUUUCAACACCUACAAUUGGGCAGGGAAUGUUAUCCCAGCUUUCACAGAGAACAUCUCUGGAGGUUCAAAAUGUGAUGAGGAACACGCCUUCUGGGUAUGCAGAUAAUCCUGGCCACCAACUGUUGCAGCAGCACCACAACAUUGGGACUGGAUCUAACGUUACCCAAGGGUCUCCAUUAGGGUUCAGUUCAACACCUGAGCAGAGAAUGUUAUCCCAGCCCGCCCAGAGAAGAGCAUCCGUAGAGGUGGAAAAUGCGAGGAGGAACACACCUUCUGAAUACGAGCGUCAGCUCAUGCGCACAAUGCAGACGAUCUUGUUGCGCCUGGAGCAGGUAGGACGCCAGGUCGACUCAAUACAACGACAAUUGUGCACCACUACAGAGAAGCCCCCGAGCCUCGAGAAGGAUGAUGAUGUGGUGUCGGCAGCCUUCAAGGACAUCGAAGAGUUCCUAAACUUCGAAAGAAAAUUGUUGUCUGAUGGCAAUACUAAACAGAAGCUCAUGCAGCAGUUUUAUGGCCUGGGAGGUGCAUCUUAUGGAGCAGCAGCCAGAAGAAUGCUCGAAUCAAUACUAAGCCAUCAAGUUGCUGUGCAGUUUAGCUGGGCUGGGCAAAAGGGAAAGCGAAAAUUUAUGGAUCUUGGUGUCACCAACAUCAUAUGCAAGGCCGUGCGGCGAAAUUUUCCCGACGCCAGAAGAAAUGAGAUCGAAAAUGUGAUCAAAGUGUGGCUUAGGCACGCUGGAGAGAAGCUACAAAAGCUGCGCAUGAAAGCUUCUCGCACUGACCACGAGGAAUGUCUUCAAGGUGGUGCUCUUUCAAGCCCUUCCGAGGAGGAGGAACUCUAGAGGCAAAGCACAAGAAGGCAGAGCGGAAGAAGCAUACAAAUGAAACUUCAUUUGUAUUUGAAAAUAAACACCUUUUCCAUA